UAUUGUCCACCUCUACGAAGCAGUGAAGAAAAUUACAGCGUGGUUUUUUCGGUUGAAAAACAAUUAAAAGUGCAUCAAACAGUGAGAAAAACAAAGUCCAAUCUACUCAGCUGUGAAUGCCCAGUCAGCAGCGAUCCGCAAGUCCAGCGAAGAAAUUUUUUGAUUCCCCCAGCCUGAAAGUGUCACCGUCAAGACGUACGUGCGAAAAAUGUUUUGGGACAAGGGUUAUGCGCCCUCCGCGAAUAUAGAGGCGCUACUGGAGAAGGAGAACUCCACGCUGGAGGAAUUCUUGGACGAGGAGGACAUACUGCAGGAGUGCAAGACGCAAAAAAAGAACCUGGUCAACUACUUUACACGUCCCGAGGUCAUUCGGCGCCUGGUGGAGCUGAUCACGACCGAGCCCUCUGAAGAUGUGCCCAUGUCGCAGCGAUUUCGCUAUGCCAACAUGUCCUGUGAGAUACUGACACUCGGCCUGCCGUCCCUGGAUGAAAAGCUACUGACCGACGCAGAGACGCUACAGUUGCUGUAUUCAUAUCUGGAAAAGGAACCACCGUUAAAUCCAUUGCUAUCGUCGUUUUUUAGUAAAACCUUUAGCAUGCUCUUUACCAAAAAGCCUGAACAAGAUUGGUUUUUGUAUCAACACAUGUGCCUACAACUCCUGGAGUAUAUUAAAUCGCAGAAGACCUUUUUGGAUUUCAUUUGUAAACACUUUGACACUCCGGUCAUACCUGAUCUAAUAAUGCAGAUGAUGAAGGACAUCGAGGGUGGUCAACUCAAGAGGAACCUUUUCGAAUGGCUAACUGAAGAUAAAAUUGUUGAUAGACUGAUUGCAAUAUUGCGUAAUCCUCAAGAAACCGACAAACAUGCAAAUGUUGCCGACUUUUUCUGUGAUCUUAUUAACCAAGGGCGCCUGAUGCGCCAGACCGAGCAGGAGAAUGAUUCGUUUGAGCCGGCCUUCGAUGGCUCCAACCCCAUUCUGAAGACGAUUGAAUCUGCGGACACGAUUGAAGCCUUGUUAAAUGUGAUUCUGGAACCAAACGCUCAGGAGAGCGCCAUCUUAUCAGGAAUAUCGGUUGUACUUACGCUAAUCAAGCCAAUUACCUUCACAGAUGAGCCCAACUCGGAUCGCCAGCGGUUGCUGCAAAAGCGCGAGCGCGAAUUCCACCAGGAAGUGCAGGAGACUGUGAUCACUGUGAUGGCGCCACGCCUCCGUGAAUUUGUCCAUGUAUUAAAGAACCCGCCUGCGAAACCUACACUGGAAACUACGGCAGCCGUGUUGACGCCCCCCUUUGGCAAGACCCGCUUGCAAGUGUGCCGCGUAUUUACCGCCCUACUGGAGACAAAACACGAGACCAUUCAACAGGCGAUCUGUGCGACUGAGUAUUUCAGCCUGCUGCUCGAAUUUUUCAAGCAGUACUGCUGGAAUAACUUCCUGCACACUGAAAUGGAAAAGGCCCUUCACGUGGUCUUCUACAACGAGCUGUCUAACAACAACACAGCGUCCACAGAGGUCACGGACUUUUUCACCGCCGACUGCCUCAUCAAUGCCUUCCUGAAAGUGGGCACCGAGGAGUCUGAGGUGGAGAUGAAGAACGCUCUAAAUGAUGCAAAGCGGGCGGAGGGUGGUAACGAAGAUGAAGGUGGCGACAUUGAAAUCGAAGUUGCAGCUGCGCAGGAAGCAGCUGCCCAGGCGCAUAAUGAGCAGCAGGCAACCGCCGAAAAAAAUCAGGAGGAGCAGAUUUCACAGGGAGAAGUCGCAGCAGAAACCACUCCUUCUGAAGGAGAAGAUCUAAAAGCCGAGGAAAAUCAUUUGGAAAAUAGUGAGGUGGAUAGUGAAUCUCCAACCGCUCAGCAGGAAGCGGAGCCAACACUCAAUGAUCUCGACAAGACCAAGACCGUGCCCAGUGCUCCACCCUCCGAAAUGCAAACCCAUUUGAUUGUAAACUGUCACUUGGUGUCCAAACUGGUCGAUUUUUGGCAGCACAAUGCGCAGGCGCAAUCUGCUGAGAAGGGUCGCCGACUGGGCUACAUGGGCCAUCUUAUCAAAAUUCUACGUCACAUUACGAAUUGUAUAUCAGAAUCUGAACAUAUCGCUGACCUGAUCACCACCAGCUUAAGUAGCGAAGACGAGCUUAAGCUCUGGCAAUCGCUGAUCGAUGCGGAAACCGGUGAAUUCACGCUAGCUAUCAAACAGCAGACGAAACUGCUGGCUGACUGCAAUCCGCACGAGGAGAACGAGUACAGUGUGGGCUCAAAGGAUUAUUUGGGUGAGACAAAUGCUUGGGACAUCGGAACCUUGUCGUAUAGCAACAUGGGAUACAGUGAUCUGGACAACACGUUGCAAGACAUUGUGUUUACCAUGGACAACGAUCAGAAUCUGUUUCAGUUUGGUCGAAACAUUGACGAUGAGGACGAUGAUGAUGAUGAGCAUGGCGAUCAUUCGGGAGGUGGCGAUGGCCAUGGUCACGGAAUGUUCACAAAAAACUCAAUCACGUUGAAUAACUUGGCGGACCCCUGGGAUAUGGACGUCCAGUUCUCCGACAUUCCCAGUGUGUCUGCACAGGUAAACACGGGCACCGCCAACUGGGGCACGGAUUUCAAUGCCGACAAUUUUGCCGACUUCGAUGCCCACUUCAGCACCUUUGGCAGUGAUCUGGGUAUGCCGACAAGUGCGCCGCCAGGCAACGAGGAGGAGGAGGACUCUCCCCCCGCCCCGUCAUUUGCCACCGAAGUGGCGCCAGAUGAGCGCAAAACCGCUGAAUUUGUUGAGCCCCUUGUGGCCAAGACCACCCAGAAUAAUAUAGCGCGCAGCGACGAUCAGCAGGCUGAGUACGACAAUAAUGCAAAUGUGGAGAAGGCCAUCAGCGAUAAGCUGGCGGAGUCGAGUGUCGUGGAGACAGCGUCGAUCGUUACCCGACUACAGUCUGUGCUUCUGGAUGGAGAAGAAGAUUACGAGGACGAUGAGGGCAUGUGGACCAAGCCUUUGGGGGCAGAUCGUCCUACGGAGACUGAGCAAAGUACGCCCAUAUCGAAUGGGCCAACCAGCAAAGUUAAUGAAUUCAAUCAUGCCAAUGAUAACAGCAGCAGCAACGUGGAUGGCCACCAAGCCAACAUCACAGCGGAGCAGCAGAAAUUGGCCGCCGGCGCCAAGACGAACAAUGUAGAAAUUGCAACUACGACCACAUAAAUGAACUCUCACCACACCACACAUCAUCCAACCGCAAUUGUACAGCAUAUAAUGUGUCGACGACAAAUUGUAAAAAUGCCUUUGAUUUGCUCUUUGGUCAUUCUUAUACAUAAUCAUGCAUACAUAUUUAUAUAAAUAUAUACCACAUACUACUACUAUACGUACAUAUAAAACAGGCUGCAUAGUACAACAAACGAUUUGUGUAUUAGCAAAAGGCCGAAACCCGCCCAAAACCAAAAUGAAAAUUAACAAAAAACGACAAAAAAAAUGUUCAAAGUGAAAAGAAUGUUGUUGAUUCCUUCUGCUCCUCGCUCAUAUUGCCAAUUAUUAUAAUUAUUACUCUUCUUUCAUGUUUCCUAAUUAAGCGAACUGUAUUUUGUUUGUAAUUUGUAUUAGUCUGUCGUCUUAGUACGCUUUUACUUUCAAUACUCUCAAUGUGUUAGGCAACCUAUGAGCAUUACUUAAAGUACCAAAAUUCAGGCAACGUCUUAGAAUGCUUAGUUUAUAUUCGUAUUUUAUUUGUUUUAGUUCGAUCAGAUGAGAAAUAUCUAUCUAUUCAUAUAAUAUAUAUAUACACACACAUCUGGGAGCUGUCCUGGAAUUUCGUCAUCCCAUUUUCGCAUGUUGUCGUCCUCCUUUUGUAAGGAAUCCCCUCCAAUUAGUGAUAACGUAAUAUUUGGACAACCCCACACUUACACUUGUAUUGUUAAAUUGGAGACUUGUAUUUAUUGUAUGUAUGUAUUUUGAAAGCAAAAGCAAUGCCAAAAUACCAACACGUUCAACACCACAUACCCACAUGCUGCAAGCACAAAAGUAAUAUAGCGGAAUAGGUAUAUUAUAACUUAUGUCUUUUGCCAUUAUUACCUUGUUUGUAUACAAAUUGUUUAACCAAAAAAUGUUCUUUGUCGAAAGUACAAACACUGAAAGAAAACACAAAAAAAUAUGGAAACAAAACAAAGUAAUUGAAACAUAACGCAAGGUCAGCAGCCGGGCAUUUGUCACCACAUGAAUGAUUUACACCCCCGAUCUAUACACCACUACCUAUGAGUAUAUACGAUUACCAGAACCAAAAGAAACGAGAAAUUCAAAAGAAGACUUUCCAAGAAGACAUUUUUAAUUUACAUUUAUAUUUUUUGUGUAAUGUUUUAUUUGCUAUGUUGAAGUUGUCGCUGAAUAAUGUUAGUGUUUUAAACGUGCAGAAAACCACGAACAAAACGCUAAAAAUAUUGAGAAAAGUUUAACAAAGAUGCCAUCUUUUGCUUCCAAAUAAUUACAUUUAAAAUAUGAUUAAAAAUAAAACAGAAAAUACUUUAAAAGUGAAAUCGAUGUUUGUUUUACACAAGACGACUUGCUCACCAAAAACAAGAAAUUAAAAACAAACAAAAAUCUAGACACGUAGAGUAUAUUCUAAGAUAAUCAAGAGAGAAAAGCGGGCAGCAUAUCAGGCAUAGGCGUGUGGAAAUGCAUAAUAAGUAAUUCACUCCCUCCCACACAUCCUAAGCUAAAGCAAAACAAUUCUCGUUUGCUUUUUAAUUUAAGAAGCUUUAAUAGGACACAAUUUUGCACAAAUUUCAACUGGCUUGCUUUUUAUUUUGCAUACUGUAGCAGCACAAAAUAUAAACGAACAACUAAGAACAUUGAUUAAACAAAAAACUGCAUAAAUAAGAAAUUAAAAAAAUAUUGAAACGUUUAAACUAUCUCUGAUGAAAAACUGUGAUAAUUAAAUGAAGUUGCAGGGUAUUUGAUAAAGCAAACUUAAUUUAAACAAAUUGUAAAACAUCAACUAAUGGCCUCAACCAUUUGGAAAAACACAGCCAACACAAGACACUCUGAACAAGUUAAUUAUACGAUUCUUUAGCAUCACAAUCAGCAGGACACCUCGACAACCAAACAGCAAUAACUACUGCAAUGAAAUCUAAUUGAAGGAGUUUUAAUGAGUAGUCUUUAACUGUGCGAAAGUAUCAAUAAGUUCGAGCUAGUAGGGAUAACCAAGAAUCGCAGCUCUUAGUUUUCUAGCUUCUCACAAACUAAGCACUAAACUAAAGUAAAACUUAAAUACUCAUAUCAAGCCAAUUGUAAUCCUUGUACUGUACAUACAAUUGUCCCCAGUAUUGUCUUCCCCUCUAGUUAUGUGUUUCCGUUUCUACCAACUAAUUUAAAAUCCAAAAUCCAACGAUAAGCGACGAUGAUCGAGUCCUUCCCUUGUGCAUAUGCCUUACUACAAAAAACUAAAAAAUUAAAAUGAAAAAAAAACACUUACACCCAUAGACAACCACGUAGAGAGGUAGAGAGUGUACUAUCCGUAAUUCUAGAGUUAGUUUCAGCUACAUACUGUGUGUCUUUUAAAUGUUAAGCAGCUGCAGCAAGCUUAAUAUAUAUACGAAUAUUAAUAAAAACCAAAACGAAAUCGUAAUUAUAAUACCUAAAAAUGAUGUAGACAAAGUCUUGUGGGCAGCUUUAAGCAUUUUGUUUGUCUAAUUAUAUGAACUUGAAUAAGAAUACUAAACGUCCAAAGUUUUUUGCAAACAAGAACUAAGAACAAUUGUGAACAAAAAAGUCUUCAGAAAUGUUUUGAUCACCUUGAUGUGAAACAGAAACAGAGUUAUAAACACAUAAGUACAUGCAUGCCUAUAUACAAAGAUACAUUAAAUUACCGAUUGAUUGGUUGAAUGAUCCGCAUCUUGAUGGAAUAGAGUUCUAGAAUAUUUUGUGACAUGCAUUAGGUGUUAAGUGAGGUUGUAAUUUUCGUGGCGCAAUUAAUUGAUAUAAAACCAAAACGGGAUUAAAGAUUGAGAUGAAAAUGCUAUUUUUUAAGAAUCGUAACGUACAUUAUUUUGUCUGUGUGUGUUCAGCAAUUCAGUAUUUCAAUUAAGCCAAUUCAAUGAAUACCCCAAAAAAAAUGCUACAAUGGUUUCCAAAUGAAAACCACAAGAAAGGGAUAUAGAAAUGAAGAAUUCAAUAUAAUCAAUCGAAGGUCUAAUUCUCUAACUCUUUAAUAAAGAACCAGCGGGAACAACAACGAGGAAGAAGCAACUGUAAUACAAAAAUAAUAAGAAAUAAAUAACUUAAACUUCAUACAGUAAAUAUAUAUUUGAAAAUAGAAGAAAAAACCUACUUAAAAUAAAAAAAUACAAAAAAAUCAAAUUGUUAACAUAAUGGAUAUUUUGUUAAAUGCGAAACUUUGAACGAAUUACUAACCACAUUAGCAAAUAGUUAAUGAAAACCGAACCCAAGUGUGCUUCAUGUAUGAAUUUAUGUUAGAUAUUUACAACAACAAUACGCGUAUACAUAUUCCUAACUAAACCGAGCAAAAGAAAAGCCACAUACAGAACUUGAAUAUUACUCUUAACGAUUAACAACUAUUGGUGUCUAUGCAUAUACACAUAAUUAUUAACGAACUAUACUAUAUAUUAACUUCGUAUAUGUAAGCCGAGUACAGACUUUUGAAAACUGCGAAACGUAUCGUCAAAUAUCCGAAACAGACAUAUUUGUCACACUUGCUAUACAGCAUAAAUAUAUAAAUACGUUAAGUGCUCAAGGUGAUAGUUGCACACUAGGGUGGACCUUAGUUUUAUUUUACAGUUAUUAACGCAAGGCAUGCACUCUGAAUAAAUAAAAAAAUAUAUAGUUUUAAAGCCUGCAGAUGGUUUCAAUGUGGAUCACUCAUGCGCCGUGUUGUACACAUGUCGUAUGAGUAAUUUUUAUUUAAACGUUAAAGCCACUUUGCUAUGCCUUAAAACUGAAGUAAUUUUUAAAAUUUAAGUUUAAAUUUCAGUAGCUUAAUCAACGUUAGCCAAAUAUAAAUCUGAAUAAUAAAGACUUUUUGUGACAGAAUAAUGUACAAAAAAUUGUUUACACAUUUUUUAUGAUGUUUAAACUACACACUACGUAUAUUUAUUAAAACCAUUCAAGUGAGCUUUAAAACGGUUUAAAUGUUGACAUUUUUGUACUCUUAAAACUUUGUUUUGGCCAAAUAUUUUUAUAAUAUUAGAGUUUCUGCGGCAAAAUUGAAUGAUUUUGAACUUGUGCACCAUUAGUAGAUGGCGUUACUUAUUCUAAGUUUAGCUGGUCCACCCUACUGCACACCCACAAAUACAUACACGUACAGAAGGACACCCACACACAAACUCGCAGCUUUGCUUACCACAUUGUUUUUUGGUCUAAACUCCGAGGGAAUACUUUAAAGCGAAUUACUAACCCCAAAGGGACACUCUGGAAUCGCGAUUUCUUGAGUAAGUGCCUUAAACUAACAGAGAGAGAUAGUAAUGGAGAGUGGGCGGGAUCCAAAAGGUCCAAAGGUAAAUCGAUUGCUUUCGGGUCAUUUGUUUGGGGAGAAGGAGAGACAGACCUUUGUUCAAAACUCUACUAAGUGUUAGCCCCCCGGCAAACCAACUAAAAGUAGUUCCAGAAAUCUAGUAAACAGAAUAGUUAACUCUAUGCUCCGAUCUAUACUACUAUAUAAGUACACAAUAUACGGACGUACUACGUACCGUAUACCCUUACCGUCGCAUUUCUACACAGGCAUAUACAUAGAAGUAAUAGUAAGAAUAACUAUAACUAAAUCUUAAAUUUGUGAGUGUUUUUGGCCGUCUACGUUUUGCUCAACGCACACACACACAACCACAAAUACACUGAGAUUCACCCGCUUUACCCAAGUUGAAGACAAUUUGUGAUUGUUUUGCAUGUACCCUAAAGUUAAGCGAGUUUACACGAAUAUGGAUUAAGCCACAGGAAGCGGAACCCGAAGCGGAAGCGUAAACUGUACGAGUAAUAGCAUUAAUUGUCCUACAAUAAGAUUUGUGCAUUAUACGAUUGAAAUUCACUUUGAAUUCGUAUUGAAAUUUAUCAAUAAAGCGAUACUAUUUGAUUCUUAA